GACUUUUUGACCGUUUCUCGAUCAACAUCCCCGAACUCAGUUCAAGCAUUAUCAACUUGCCCAUGCAACCAAGUAGUAUUAUACCCGCAACCUCGAGCAAAAUACGCAACACCACAUUCAUUAUAUCUUUCUCGAUCUUUUCGGAUUUAUUUCACUCAUUACCAGCUCCAUCUUGAACUGGGACACAUCAGUAAAAUGCCCUCCAUUGACGAGGCCAUGGCACGGAGCCUUCGGGGCAGUGCCUGGGAGGUGGUCAAAGACAAGUUUGUCCGGACAAUUGUAGCCGACCUUUCACGACGAGAUAUGUUAGCCGAUGCAGCGCAAACAACCGAUGAGGUUGCACAGAAAUCAGAAGACUUCGCAACCGCUUUCUCUAGCUGGGACAACUGUAUGAACGUGGCGUGGUGCAAGUGGCCAGUAAUUGGUGUGAUGAUCAUCGGAGGUCUUAUCAUUUUCAGUAUUGUUUGGUGUAUUAUUCGCUGCUGCUGCUGUGGUCUUUCAUGUUGUUGUAGCUGCUGCCAGUGCCUGAAGUGCUGCGGUAACUGCUGCGGUGCUUGUGACCCUCCACGCAGUGCUACGAAGCAUUUGGAUGACCCUUAUGCUUCCCAAAGUCAGCAUCAUGGAUACCGAAGUGAACCCCCAAUGAAUUCAUCAGCGCCUCAGUACGGCGUCACAAAGCCCAUGCGAUCCGAGCCACCUCAGUAUGCAGAAUUCGAAACGAGUAAAGGCAGAGACGAUGACGCCCUCCCUGAAAUGCCCAGCUGGGAGGGUGCUAGCAGCAAAAAGGUCGAGGUCCACACAGAGGCCGUUGAGCUUGACACUCUACCUUCGAAGCCACCUCAUAGUCAGCAAAGCAACAUGAUGGGGGGAGUUGCGCCGAACAAUCUGACUCCCUACAGCCAGGCACAGAGUAAUUCAAGCGGCUACCUCGGCGCUAACCAAGCUCCCGAUGCCUAUUCACCUAUCGACCAGCAGGGUUACGGCUAUCAAGCCCCCGGCAUGAACCCCAUGUACAGCAAUGCCGCUGCUGUCGCACCGAUGCCACAUGAACGUCGCUCCCCAGCCUUGAACACCAAUGGAUACGGCAACCAAGGCUACGGCCAUGAUCAAGGAUUCGAACAACCCCAAGGCUACGGGCAGAUGCAGGGCUACGGGCAACAAGGCUACGGCCAGGCCACUUCCCCCAACGAUUAUGCCGCAACUUAUAGCGGAUACCGAGGAACUCCUCCGCCGCGGCCUGCCAGUUUCGCCAAGCGAGCUUCAAUGCAUCAAGAUGAAUUUGGUACUUAUGGACAGUUUCCUCCUCGUCGUUCUCCAGCUAUACCAGAAGACUAUGGUUAUGGAUCACCCGUUCGUCAAUCACCCGGCCCCCAAAACGAUUUCGGCUACGCUCAGCCACCUCGCCAGUCUCCAGCGCCUAUGAACGAUUAUCGAACACCGCCUCCUGGUCCCGAAGCGAGCUAUGGUGCAAAUCCUGUUCAGCAGCGGCAACACAUGCCAGAGUCCCACUCUCCGCAAGAGCCAUACCCAGGUUUCAAGCCAUACCAGCCUUAAGCGGUGGAUUUAUGACACUUUGGAGGUGAACGAAAGAAAAGGCAUAUGGUUAUGUUCUUCUGAGUAUUUCAUGGAUAUACGGAGUUGUUUCCGGCAUUUUGUUACUACUUUACUAAGUUUUAUGCGUGGGCGUUUCUGGGGAGAACUUAGGUCGAACUUUUCUUUAGAAUUUGAGUCUGGAUACUCACGUUAUAUUUUGGAGGGCCCCAUGAUACGGAUUUGUCUCGUCAGCCUGUAGAAAGAUGGCUUGAAUGCACCACUUGGCUACGACACAAGGACUUCUCGCCUACGUAAUGAAACUCUGUUCAGCUUCAUGCAAGCUUGGCAUUAUAGCCAAGACUUAGCCAUUCAUUUA